UUAAUAUGUACUUUUGGGGUAUUAUUGAAAAUAUAUAGGAGCAUAAAUAAAAAGUGACAUAGCGUCCUCUCCAAAACAGAUACAACCGCCGCCCCUGGAAGAAAAAGAAAGAAGGAGGCUUUAGCUUUAGGUGUGUGGAAUUUUAGUACCAUCUUUAUUUUCUCUCAUUCACUUUGCUUUUUUGUUUUUGGUUCACAUUCUAUUCUUUUCUUUUUAGAGGUAUUUGAUUGAAAGAAAGAAAGAAAAAAAUCUAUCUUUGUAUCUUCUUUGUUCUUAGACUAAGAAAAACCACCAACUCAAAUAUACGUAAAGAAGGGAGAAGAAGCAGAGGGGAAUUAAACUUUGUAAGGACCGUCAUUGUGAACAAGGCACUUACACUCACUUCCCCAACUCAACUCACAAUACUAAUAAUAUUGAUAAUGAAGUACGUUUUAGUAACUGGUGGUGUUGUUAGCGGACUUGGCAAAGGCGUUACUGCCAGUAGCAUCGGUCUUCUUCUUAAAGAAUGUGGUCUUCGCGUUACGUCUAUCAAAAUUGAUCCUUAUCUGAACAUGGAUGCAGGGACAAUGUCCCCUUUUGAGCACGGGGAGGUUUUCGUAUUAGAUGAUGGUGGCGAGGUGGACCUGGACCUUGGUAAUUAUGAGCGGUUUCUAGAUAUCAAGUUAACCCGUGACAAUAAUAUAACUACGGGAAAAAUAUAUCAGUCUGUUAUUGACAAGGAGAGAAAGGGAGAUUAUUUGGGAAAAACUGUCCAGGUAGUUCCUCACAUUACAGAUGCGAUUCAAGAAUGGAUAGAGCGUGUAGCAAUGAUUCCAGUAGAUGGAAAAGAAGGCCCUGCUGAUGUUUGUGUCAUUGAAUUGGGUGGAACCAUAGGGGACAUUGAGUCCAUGCCAUUUAUAGAGGCACUUGGCCAGUUCUCAUACCGUGUAGGUCCUGGCAAUUUCUGCUUGAUUCAUGUCAGCCUUGUCCCUGUUCUCAAUGUUGUUGGUGAACAAAAGACAAAGCCUACCCAGCAUAGUGUCAAGUUACUUAGAGGACUUGGGUUGACACCAAAUCUUCUAGCUUGUCGCAGUACAAAGGCACUUGAAGAGAAUGUUAAGGCAAAACUUUCUCAAUUUUGCCAUGUGGCGGCGGAAAACAUUGUUACUUUAUAUGAUGUUCCAAACAUCUGGCAUGUACCAUUAUUACUUAGAGAUCAAAAGGCACAUGAAGCUAUCUUGAAGGGAUUGAACCUUCUAGGCGUGGCCAGAAAGCCUGAUUUGGAUGAAUGGACUUCCAGGACUAGAGUUUGUGAUAUGUUGCAUGAUCCUGUUAAAAUUGCGAUGGUUGGGAAGUACACUGGCCUUUCAGAUGCUUACCUGUCUGUUUUGAAGGCUCUAUUGCAUGCUUCUGUUGCUUGCCGUCGGAAGCUUAUUGUAGAAUGGAUUGCAGCUGCUGACCUAGAAGAUGCUACUGCCGAAGAGGCACCUGAUGUUUAUAAAGCUGCUUGGAAUCUGUUGAAGAGUGCUGAUGGUGUGCUGGUUCCUGGAGGGUUUGGUGAUAGAGGAGUCCAAGGGAAAAUUCUUGCUGCAAAGUAUGCUCGUGAGAACAAGGUGCCAUUCUUGGGCAUUUGCCUGGGGAUGCAAAUUGCUGUUAUUGAGUUUGCUCGUUCUGUCCUUGGUUUGCGCAAUGCAAACAGCACAGAGUUUGAUACUAAAACUUCAAAUCCUUGUGUUAUAUUUAUGCCGGAGGGUUCAAAAACUCAUAUGGGAGGAACUAUGCGUCGGGGAUCAAGGAGGACAUAUUUUAAGGUUACUGACUGCAAUUCUGCAAAGUUGUAUGGCAAUGCAAGAUUUGUUGAUGAGCGGCAUCGACAUAGAUAUGAGGUCAAUCCUGACAUGGUGUCACAACUUGAAAGUGCUGGUCUAUCAUUUGUUGGCAGAGAUGAAAGUGGACAGCGCAUGGAAAUCAUUGAGCUGCCUAAUCAUCCAUACUUUGUUGGUGUUCAGUUCCAUCCUGAAUUCAAGUCCAGGCCAGGAAAACCAUCGGCAGUAUUCUUAGGACUUAUAGCAGCAGCAUGUGGGCAGUUGGAUACAGUCCUAAAGUAUGGCCAUGCAAGCCAGGUAUUGACUAAUGGAUUGAGUAACGGAAAACCAAAGGGGAAAGUCCAUCAAAAUGGAAAUGGUAUUAAGUUGUCGAACGGAUCAUUAAAUGGUGUGUAUAGCAAUGGUAAUGGUGUGCAUAACUCAGUUCAGUGAUUGUGGCCGUGCUCUUCUGGUUAUGGUAUCAGUUUUCGAGGGGCUUUUUGUGGGCUUCGGUUAUGUCUGUACAGUAGUUGAGUAUGGGUAGAUGUUUUCAGGUUGAAGCUGGAUUUUGAGUCUUUAAACGACGGCUAUGUUCUUCAGUGCCAAGGAUCCUCCAUUUCCAUCUGGAUUUGGCUGUUAAGACUUGAAGGGAACAUAUUAACUACUGUCACUAAGCAAUACCUACCUAGCUUCAGUAUACAAAGUCGUGUUUGCAGUAAAAUUACUGUGGCAUGAUUUAUGCAUCUUCAAAGAUUCAAGGUUUUUUUUAUCCAAUAUAUGUAAGCUGA